UAUAGAACAUCCGUCGAGACACCACAUUGCCAAAUGCCCGCCAUGGCAACAGCCAGGCUAUCCCCGACAGCAAAUUUGCUGCGGAACUCUCGCCUUUUCGCCCUUCCACAGGCCUUGACGCCACCCCCGACUCCGCCGACCUCGAAAUUCGUCUUUGAGUCCGAGACCGCGACCCUUCCUCAUCCUAUCCGAGCGUCCAUUGCCACACCAGCAUCUUCUCUGUCAAGGGGAGACUGGGGUCUGAAGAGGCCUCUUCCCGCUAAAUCGACACACGAAAAGUCGUCCAGGCCCGUGGUCAGAAUCAAGGCACUCGAUACCUUCGAACACAUCACGGAUUUCGAGUCCGCGGCUGAUCAUACGGUGACCCUGGAGAAAUUCCAGGAACUUAAUAUGCCGAUGUCACUUCCCGGGCAAAUCCAUUACGCAACCGCCUCGACUCCUAGACACGAGAGUCCCUUCGAGUCGCACAUUGACAACACACACACCAGCGAAGGCCGUAACGAACCCGGAGCGAAACAGUUCAGACAAUCCGGCCCUUGGCUUGCUGGGCAAACGGAGGCCGAGUUCCAGGCAUACUUGAAGUCAAUCCGGAAGAACAAGCCGGAGAUCUUGCAGAAGCUGCGUGGAUACUUCGUCGCUAAGCGCGAAGCGGAGCAAAGGAAGCAAGCACAAGAUAACGGAGCAGAUCUGGAGGCGCUCGAGCCUGUCGAGGUUACCGAUGAAGAAUUCCAGGCUUAUCUCAAGGCCCUGCGUAACGAUCAGGCUUCACUAGGCCCUGUCAUCUUCGAGCUUCUUGACCUCCCAUCCCCGCCCACUGUGCCAACUGAACGAAUUGGCAAGCGUGGCUACCCAUCCCCCGGGAGCAAGCUCUCGUCGGGGGAAUAUGCAGUAUCCGGACCCCCGAAGACGCAUCCCUCGGCGGGUCUUUCUUACUCUAGAUCACACGCAUUGAUCUACAACCAUCCUAAGUAUGGGCCUCAGGCCUAUCAGCGCCCAGUGGAGGCACGUAUCUUACGGCCCAAGGGACGGUUCAAGGGCAAGAACUCGAAGGCCAUUGCGGGUGUUGCUGGUUUUGCAGUGGAAGACAUUAAUGCCAUGACUUUCCACGAGCAGGGCGCUCCUUACGGCCUUAAGACCUUGGACACAACUACCCCUGGUGGUUCUAAGUACUGGGUCACCCCUAUCCGGGCCACCAUCGACUCGGCUGGCAAGGUUGGGCUGUUUUCUUACCGCGCUAGCACUACUGCCAAGGCCCCUUACGGGAUUGAAAGCCCGAACAUGCCUGUGUAUUACAACAUUACCGACAAGGCUCGGGGCCGUCAGCGCGUGGUUCCGAGAUUGGAUGGACAGCCGGGUCCCCAAGCGCCUAGGGAGGAGGUUGCAAGAAACCUUAUGAAGAGCCUUAGCUCAUAAAGCACUGGUGUCCCGUCCUCCAACAAUCUUUCAUCAUGUGCCAGACACAUCCACUUAAAGAGAGUUUUGCUGUAUGAUUAGGUCUUCGGAUGGUAAAUGUAUAGUUGUUUCAUUUCUGCUCCUUUUUUUUGUUAUAAAGCCGGCUGUAUAUCAUUUGAAGCAUAAAACAAAUCAAUUCAUCACCAUGUAUCGAGAACUAUAUUGGAAAAGUUAUUAUCUGUUUACAGCGGG